AAUUGCUGCCGGUAAAUUAAGCAGAGGAUGAAAUAAGCGCUGAUCCUCCAUCAGCCUGACCUUUUCUCCUGGCUUUUUCCCCCCUGACUGAUGAGGGAAGAUGUUAGACACCGAGCUCCAAUUCAACUCUACUUUUUAAAAAUAUAUAUAUUUUUUUCCUUUUGAAAAUGCUGCCAGUGAAAAAACCUUGAUCUCAACUCGUACAUCCGUGGAAACAUGAUGGAAAACGUGACCCAUCCAAGAGGUGAGCUGCCGGUUUGCAACGACUCGGUGGACCCGUCGGGGAACGGCUCCGACCUGAACUGCAUCAUCCCGUACUUCAACGCCGACCUCUACAUCAUCCUGCCAAUCAUCUACUCUGUGAUCUGCGCGGUGGGACUGACGGGCAACAUGGCUGUCAUAUACGUCAUCCUCAAAGCCCCGAAGAUGAAAACGGUCACCAACAUGUUCAUCCUGAACUUGGCCAUUGCAGAUGACUUGUUCACCCUGGUGUUGCCGAUCAGCAUAGCGGACCAUCUGCUGAACUACUGGCCGUUUGGCGAAGUUUUGUGCAAAGUCAUCCUCAGCAUUGACCACUACAACAUAUUCUCCAGCAUCUACUUCCUGACGGUUAUGAGCAUCGAUCGCUAUCUGGUUGUCUGGGCAACGGUCAGUUCCAAGCGCAUGCCGUACCGCACCUACAGAGCCGCCAAAAUCAUCUCGUUUUGCGUCUGGCUCCUCGUCAUCUUCAUCGUCAUGCCCUUCACCGUCUUCGCCGGCGUCUACGUGAAUCCACACGACGGCAGGAAGAGCUGCGUGCUGCUCCUGCCGAUGCCGGAGGCUCUGUGGGUCAAAAUGAGCCGGAUCUACACGCUCAUCCUGGGCUUCGCCAUUCCCGUCUCAACCAUCUGCAUUUUGUACACCAUGAUGCUCUACAAGUUGCGGAACAUGAGGCUGAACAGCAACGCCAAGGCUCUGGACAAGGCCAAGAAGAAGGUGACCAUCAUGGUCUUCAUCGUGGUGGCCGUGUGCUUGUUCUGCUGGACGCCGUACCACCUGAGCACCAUCGUGGUUCUGACGACGGACCUGAGCAGCACGCCUCUGGUGAUCGGGAUCUCCUACUUCAUAACCAGCCUGAGCUACGCCAACUCCUGUCUCAACCCGUUCCUGUACGCCUUCCUGGACGACAGCUUCACAAAAGCUUUUAAGAAGAUGAUGGAAUGCAGACCGGCCUGAACCUGGGAGACCCUGAACCUGAUUUAAACUCUGCGCUGUAUUUUUAAAGCUAGGAGGCCAAGAGUGGAGGUGGAAUGAUAAAGAUGGACUUUAGGUUUUUGUUGCUAGUUAAAACUGCGGUGUAUUUGUUGAAACUGUCAGUUUGUCGUGACAGUAUGUUAUGAGACAGAUAACAUGAAACAUCUUUCUCCUUUGCCGUCUCCCAGUGCUAGAAACCACCAAUCAGGUUGAGUCUUAGUGUUGUCAAUCAUCCCCAUGUGUGCACCACCCACUUACCUCUCUGCGUCGCCCUGUCAACGCAGCCUGUCAUGAAUGCUAAGGCUAGGCUAAUUAGCAUGGCUACCAAUGACGACGGUUUUCCUGUAAUGGUGAGUUGUUUCGCCGCCAUUAGCAAAUUUAGCAGCACGUGCAAGAGGUUGAUUGACAGCACUAAGACCCUCCUCCUGUCUCUGAUUGGUUGUUUUCGGUGCAGCAGCAGCUCAGAGAGG